GUUUGGCAACGGCGGGAUUUAUAGUGUGAUAGAAGUAUUAGAGAUUUCCUUAGAAAUAAACAAUGGCUGAACUUGUAGAUGACAGUAUAGAAUUAUUACAAGAUAUAUCGAAAUUGAAAGAUGUUUUAGAUGAUAGUGACGACGAUGAAGAGGAAGAGGAAGAGGAAGAGGAAGAGGAAGAGGAGGAGGAGGAGGAUGAAGAUGAUGACGAAGAUGGGGAGAGUUCUAAAAAUGAUUAUUACUGUGAGGAUGAUUGGAUUCCUGAAGGAAAUGAUUCUCUAAGAUUGAAUAAUGAUGGUCCAAUUGGAAAUACAUCAAAGAAGGAUUAUUUGUCAAUCCUACAGAAUGAUUUGAAUUUUAUGGCUCUAGAACCCAAUAAUGAUCUCAGGAUGUGCCUUUUAAUGAAUCAAUGUUAUCAGAAUGCAUUAAUGGAUAAAAUUUCACAGUUGGAAACAAUUUUGGAAAGUAAUUUAGAGCAUCAGUAUCCACCACUGAAUGAAGAUGCUAAAAUUAAAAUUAAAAAUAAAGAGAUUACAGCUUAUGUUAUACCUAACAAAACUUGGACUGACAUUGAAAGAACAAGUUUAGAAAAAGCAGUUGCUUCAAACUUUAAAGAAAAAUUAUUGGAUCCUUUGUUUAUGAAGAAAAGUAUAACAAAAGAAAAAUUGGCUCUCCAAGAUUUGAAUGAUGAAGAGUAUUUAACAACAGCUAGAAAAUUAGAAGAAAUUCAAGCUCAAAUUACAAAUAUUAAGUAAGUAAAA